UAGUGCUCCAAAUCAUCGAAACUGCCAUUUCUUUACUUGUCUUUCUUUUUGCAUACAAAGAUGAUAGCUUGCUUGGAACGAAUCGUACACGAAAACGACGCCGAGUGCAAACUCGACGACGAUGUUUCCACCGUAUCUAAAUCCCUAGAACUCCAAGGUAGCAUCGAAAGCGGCGAUGUUAGCUGCUCAGCCAGUAAGGAUUUUGGUGGUCUUUAUUCGAUUAAGCCCUUGUUUUCAAUUAAACCGUCCGGGGCGGAGGAUAUAAGUCGGGUCGUUAAGUUCGCGUCGAGGACCUCCAAUCUGACUGUGGCCGCAAGGGGUAACGGCCACUCAAUCAACGGUCAGGCCAUGGCCGGCGGAGGUCUCGUGAUUGACAUGCGUUCGACGGAGGAAAACCAUUUCGAAUUCUUGACAAUCAACGGCUCUCCUUAUAUCGAUGUCUCCGGCGGGGCAUUAUGGGAAGACGUAUUGACACACUGCGUGUCGAGGUUCGGUUUGGCUCCGAGGUCGUGGACCGAUUACCUUGGUUUAACGGUGGGUGGGACUCUAUCUAACGCCGGCGUUAGUGGACAAGCCUUCCGAUACGGUCCGCAGACGUCUAACGUCACGGAAUUGGAAGUUGUAACGGGAAAAGGAGAAAUAACGGUUUGCUCCGAAACGUUAAACCCCGAACUCUUUUUCGGAGUCCUUGGUGGGCUUGGUCAGUUUGGUAUCAUUACCCGAGCAAGGGUUAAGCUUCAGCCAGCUCCCGACAUGGUAAGAUGGAUAAGGGUAGUGUAUUCCGAGUUUGAGGAGUUCACUCGGGAUGCUGAGUUUCUGGUAAGUCAGAAAGAAGGCGAGUCGUUUGAUUACGUGGAAGGGUUUGUAUUCCCCAACGGGGAUGAUCCGUUCAAUGGCUUGCCAUCAGUGCCAUUGGACCCAGCCCAUGAGUUCAACCCGAGUCACAUCCCUCAAACCGCCGGCCUAGUCCUCUACUGCCUCGAGCUGGCUUUCCAUUACAGCGACAGUGACCACCUGUCAACCGUAGAUACGGUCGUGAGCAGGCUUCUUGGACGGCUAGGAUUCGUGGAAGGGUUGAAAUCUGAGGUGGAUGUCAGCUACACGGAGUUUUUAUUGCGUGUAAAACGGGCGGAGGAACAAGCCAAAGCCAAUGGGUGUUGGGAUAGCAGCCCUCACCCUUGGUUAAACCUCUUCGUCUCCAAAUCGGACAUUGUCAAUUUUGAUCGAACGGUGUUUAAAACGAUGUUGAACGACGGUGUCAACGGACCCAUGCUGAUCUACCCUCUUCUGCGAAGCAAAUGGGACGAUCGAUCGUCUGUGGUGGUACCUGAAGGCGAAAUCUUCUACAUCGUGGCGUUGCUACGGUUCGUUCCGAAGGGGCAAUCGGUCGAGAAAUUGGUUGCUCAAAACCAGGAGAUCAUCAAGUGGUGCAUCGAAGAGGGUCUGGAUUUCAAGCUAUACCUCCCUCACUACCAAUCAAUAGAGGAUUGGAAACGGCAUUUUGGGAACCGAUGGUCAAGAUUUGUUGAUAGGAAGGCUAGCUUUGAUCCUAUGGCCAUCCUUGCCCCUGGUCAAAAUAUUUUCACGAGGGAGCCGUCGAAUGCCAUAAUUAGUAGGGACUUGUGAUUGUUUUGCAAAUCAUCACGUUUAUCAUCUUCAAUGUCCCCCCCCCCAAUUGAUUUGUGGGUUAGAUCAGUUCCAUUUGCAAUUGCUCGACAA